AUGAAUAUUAAUUCCAUGGUGUUUGCAAGCAUUGUGUUCUUGAUUUCGUUGGUAAUAUGUAUAUCACCAAGAGCGAUAUCUUCUGGGUCGUUUAAGAAGGUGUUUCCGUUUUUGACGCUUUUAACAGCAGGAUUUAUGCUUGGCGUUCAACUGCUUGAACUGAGCCCUCAUAUGGCAUCGAGCUGUGAUGGGCCCAAGGAGCAUCAUGAUCACGGUGAAGGUAGCACCAGCCCGGAUACCGAUAUUGGGCAUGAGCAUACACAUGGCCAUGAUGACAACCAAAGCAUUUUUGCAUUCUUUACAGCAGGACUGUCAUUCAUACUUCUGCUGGCAAUUGAUUCAAUUGUUUUGAAGCAUGACCAUUGCGAAGGCAGUGAAAUUGCACACUCGCAUCAAUGCCAUGGAGUUGAGCAUGAGCAUGACCGUUCUGAAGAUGCAAACAAGACUGCGGAAGAAAUGAAAUGUGAGGAAUCAUUGAAAAGGGAAGAAAAAAAGGCACAGUCGGAAAAUAUGGGCUGUUGCGAUACAAAUGCCAUAAAGAACGCAUCAUCGAAGGCACAGGUGUUUAUUUUUAUUCUGGGGAUUUCGAUUCAUUCGUUUUUUGAGGGUUUGGCAUUCAACUCGAUUGAAAGAAUUGGGUCGCUUGAAAUAGGACUGUUGUUUCACAAGAUGCUUGAGUCUUUUGCACUUGGCGUCCCGCUGUUUACUUCUGGAAUGGGGUUUUUCAGUGGGCUAAUGCUUGCAGUGUUCUACUCAGCACUUACACCGAUUGGAAUUAUGCUUGGGUCAGCACCUGGGUAUCUGAACCAGCCAAUAAUCAAGAGUGUGUUCCGAGGGCUUGCACUUGGGAGUAUAAUGUUUAUGGUGUCUAUAGAGAUGAUACCGCCGAUGUUCAAUCAUCCGAAAGUGAAUCGGGUGCAUGCAUUGCUUGUGCUUCUUUCAGGAUAUUUAUUGAGUUCCAUGAUGAUUUAUCAUUCGCACUCUCACUGA